AUGGUGCACCAGUUUUCACCAAUCAACAUUGGUGAUGCUGGUGAUGCUGAUAAAAUUGGCGAAACUCUGUAUUACGUACCAAUAUUACCAGGUUCACCAGGUUCACCAGUAUCACCAGUUUCAUCAGCCAGUAUAGCAGUUUUACCGGUUUUACCAAAUCACCAAUUUAGCUAUUAA